AUGGCUAGAUUCGGUGCCUUCAGCAGACGGAAGUCAACCGCAACCUCGGAAGAUUUCCAGCAUGGGCCAGUGACACCACCAGAGGGACAAUCAUCGUUCCGAGUUAUUGAGCGUUCAGACCCUUCUCUAGGCAAGUCAUUUGACGGCGGCGCUAGGAUGGCCAGGGCUUCUGGUAGUCACAUUCCCAAGCCAAGUCAUCUGGAACAGUCCGACAACGACGAAAAUAUGUUUGCAGACCUCAAAAGUGGCAACAGGCACAGCAAUGCCUCGACCGCUCCAUCCUCCACAAAUCUUGAAGCCCAGGAAGAUUUCAAGCACUCUCAGAAGAAGAACCAGAAACAAAAUCUGCACGACAUUGCUCCUCGAAGUACUGUGAAGUCCAGCGGCUCCGGAUUUUUGAACCGAGCUGGUCGAACCUUUUCUUUUGGCGUUCAGAAGAAGCAUAACGCUUCGCCCCCAAAGAUCGACAACGAUAUUCCACCCGUCCCGACUAUUCAGCAGGAUGCUUAUGGUGGAAGAUCUCGAGGCCUAACCGAAUCCACAACCAGCACUGCUACACCGCCUAAAUUGGAAAUGGAGAACAGUGGUAUGGACAUGGGAGGAGAUUUUGGUUCCAUGUUUUCUUCAUUCGAUAAGAGAGCGAGUGUCGCUACUAUGAGGGCCGGCGGUUCCGACGCUCCUCGAUCCCUUACCAGCAACCGCCCCAUUCAACCUCCCCCUCUGAGCAUCAACAAGGUCAGCAAGGUCGAGCAAGAACAUGAGACAUGGGGCCGAAACGAAGACGAUGGCCUGCUUGGCCCUCAGCCUGGCUCUCCUGAACUCGACGACGUGCCGCCCCCUGUUCCACGCCACCAGAGUUCUUUCAAGACCUCAAGCCGACCGUCCGAUAUCAUCGAAGAUGAAGACGCAAAAUUGUUGCAGGAUUCUAUUGCGGUAGGACGAUUGCUUUCCGAGUCUAGUACAUCCAAUGCUCCGUCUGGACGAUACCGACGAAAUGAAGACUCUUUCUCUUCUUUUGAGAGAAAGCCACUCAACUCUAGCUUCAACAGAGGCGACGACAACCUUUUCGAGGGAACCUCGGCCCAUAACUCGCGCAUCACCAACCGCUUGAACACGCGAAAUCCUAGCCCACAGCGCAACAAUAAGGUUAUGACACCAGCCCAGUUUGAGAAAUACCGAAAGGACAAGGAACGUCACGAAUCGAGUGAUGCAGCUCAGCAAUCGACCACCAACGAUGAUGACGAAGACGAGAUCAAUUACGAUGACGAUGAGGAUGAGAUCGAGAAGUCCAAGCAGCAAGCGAAGCAGAGAAGAAAGCAGGAGGCUCAUAUGGCGGUAUACCGACAGCAGAUGAUGAAGGUCACCGGAGAGCAACCCGAUAUGCACCCGCAUGACCGUCCCGGCAUGGUCAGCUCGAUGAGUGCGCCUCAGCUUCAUCUUAUGAAAACACCAUCACCCGGUCUUCCAGCUGGCGGUUCUGAUGAGGAUGAUGAUGAAGAGGUGCCUCUGGCUAUUCUACAGGCCCACGGGUUCCCCAACAAGACCCGACCACCGGCUCGACUGAGCACCAUGGGCUCCAACCCGAACUUGCGAGCAUCUACGCAAUUGGCACCACCACGACCUGGCUCAGCCAUGGGCGAGAGCAACCAAAACCAGCGUCACUCGAUGCUUCCUGCAUUCGCUCGUGGUCUUCCUCAGGACCCUUUCGUGGGUGCCAGUAUCUCAAAGCCUGCCAUGCGUGAGUCCCUGACUUUCAGUGGCGGCCUUCCUGCUUCCGAAUCUCAGCAAUCUCUGCCUCCCGGUGGUUUGGUCGGUGUCAUCGCCAACGAGGAACGGUCGAGGGCUAUGCGACGUGGUGGCCCCAACGCCAACGGCCAAAAGUUUGUUCCCGGCAUGAAUGCGCCACAAGGGCCCCCAUUCGACAAUCCUCAAGCCAUGAUGAACGCCAUGUACAAUAUGCCUGGCAUGGGCAUGUCGCAGCAGCAGAUGCCUAUGGCUCCGCCUCAACUAACAGUCGGAGAUCAAGCACAGCUCCAGAUGACACAGCAGAUGUCCCAGUUCAUGCAGAUGCAGAUGCAGUUUAUGCAGAUGAUGGCUUCCAACAACCAGCAGCAGCAACCUGGCAUGAUGCCACCGAUGCAACCUCCUUAUGGCGGAAUGUCCGCUACUCAGUCUAUGAACGACCUGUCAUCGCGGCAUUCGAUGAUGCUCGAACCGACUUUGGAGCCUCCUCGCCGUAUGGACGCUGGAAUGCGUACCAUGAGCAUGGUCCAGCCCAGUUCAGGCGGCUCAUUCUUGCCACCAGUUGGUGGUUACGCCGGGUCAAUUCACGGCAUGCCCAUGGGUUACACCCCAUCUAUUGCUCCUUCUGAGCGAAGCAACAUUGGCUUGCCUGGUCGCUACCGACCAGUAUCUCAAAUGCCAGCCGCAGCUGUCCCCGAGCCACACCGACGAACCAGCACCAUGUCUGGGGCACUCGGCAACUGGAAUGAACCCAAGACCAAGUCUACCAUCAACGUGGUAAGCACUUCAGGAGAUGGGUCGGACGAUGAUGACGAGGAGGGGUGGGAGGCCAUGAAGGCGAAGCGCGAUAAGAAGCGCAGCAUGUGGAAGUCAAAGAAGGGAAGUGGAUUUGGAACAAUGAUAUAA